AUGACUUCUGAGCCGAGAAAGCAGCUCGUGCCCCAGCUUCUCCCCGAGCUGUACCCCCUCAUCAUCCAGUUCCUCGGCAACCCCGAUCCCGCUCCCCUCUCUCAAGCUCCAGCUUCAUGCUCCAAGCAGCCUCAUCUGGCGGUAGCCAUGAGGGUCAACAGAACAUUCUACAAGAUCGCGGAACGCCUGCUGUACACCCACAUCACCAUCGACCACCUUCUCAUGCACCUCGUCGACCUCACCAGGUUCCGCAAGGAAGGCCGCUUCGCCCUCACCAAGACGAUGCGCGUCGAGUACCCCGAGUUCGGGUUGGAGCCGACCUAUACCAUGAUGGCGCGGAACGAGGGGAAGCAGUGGCGGCAAAACAAGGACGAGUUGUGGAAGAGGUGGGGAAUGAUGGGAGCGCAGAAGCAGCAGUCCCGGGAGCAUGACUAUGCUCGGCAGCUAGAACUGCUUGCCCCCAUCUUCGCAAGGCGGGACCUGGUCAAACUUGGGACGGUCAUGCCCGGGCUCAAGGCGGUCGCUAUAGCCUCCAUCAGCGGUCCUCAACACACCAUUUGGUCCACCCUUCGCCCAGCACGGCUCCACGUCGAGUGCGGGCAACACUUUCAUCGCUUCCUCACCAGCGGUAACGUUGAGCAGACCUGCGUACGGGAUCUUGCGGGUUAUCUCGCACCGCCUCGACACCGUUUCCCGCCUAGCGACCAAAUCCCCGGGACCAGGCCGCUCAUCACGCUUCACUUCGACUCCUCGGAGGUCGACUUGCUCGCCUUUCCUCCUCGCAUCCCCACCCAAUGGGUGUAUGAGGGCGAGGCGGACGCGGACUGGGCGGAUGUCUUGCAGAAGCUGGGCGCCCACAUCCGCGAGAUCACCACGGCGCGGCAAACGUCCCCACCCCUCUUUCCCGACGAGAUCCUCAACCUCCGUAUCUACUGCUCCACCGCUCAGACCAGCUCCAAGGUGGACGCAGACACCAUCCUAUUCAACCCCAGCAAUCUCCGUCCCCGCGCUGUCCGCUCGUCCAGCCCCCGCCCCCUGUCCCAUGCCGACCAAGCGGACCUAGCGAAGGAGCUCCAGCACGCAGUCAAGUGGUUCGUCCUCUGCAUGCUGGCUCUCCUCGGCACGCCCGUCCACGACAAGGUCCGCUGGCAUACUUCGGCGGAGACGCCAGAGUGCACAGGAUGCGGAUGCGGCUCGGGCCCGCAGCUGGGGGCGAUAGAGGAGAUUGACUCGGACUCCGAUGAGGGAGAAAGUGGGGAGAGUGGGGAGGAGGAGGACAAUUGA